AUGUCUCCCUCUCUCCCUCGACCUCCUCCUCUUUCUCCUCCUUCUCGGGCGGCUUUUGAAACUGCCAAAUCAUGUGCCGAUAUCGCACUUGCGACGGACCAUCAAUGCGUGCUUAGUACGUACGAAUUGAUCAUUCGACAACAGCCGAUGCAGGCGAGGAUGUGCGGUGUUGGAGACAAAUCGGAUAGAAGACCGGUAGACCCGACGCCCAUCAUUCAGUUAAAGAUCAUCGACCAGCACGGGUCGGAUAUCACGCCUACAGACCCCCGACACAAUAUCUUGAGACGGCCAGAGCCAGGACCGGAUGGGAUGACGUUCAUGCAGAAUCCAUACUACUUCCUUUUCGCCUGCUUAGUCGGUGGAGAAGAGCAAGAAGACGAACUGCACGUCAUUGACGAUGGCAAGACACGCUUCUUGACCGGGACGCCCGUGUCGAGUUUGUACCAUCUGAAGGACUUGGAUAAUACGGAUGCUGCGUUUUUUGUCUUUCCGGAUCUGGGGGUGAGGAAGGAGGGGAGGUACAAGUUGAAGUUGACGUUGUUUGAGAUCGUUGACCAGGAGGUAUAUUACUGUACGACGAUGUUUACUUCGACUUUCUCGGUGUACUCGGCAAAGAAGUUCCCUGGAAUGUCGAAGGCGACAGAUCUGUCGGUGUCUUUUGCGGAGCAAGGUCUCAAGAUUCGAGUCCGGAAAGAUCCUCGCCAACCCGCCAAGACAGGUCCCUCCACAGGCAAGUCGAAACGGAAAUCCUCCGCCGCCGACUCGGAAGAAGACGAUGCCCUUCCUCCUCCACCCCAAUUACAGUCGAGCAAGAGAUCUCGUGGGUCUUCCGACUAUCCUCCCCACGCCCACCAUGUCCCGCCCCAUCACGGCCAUCCACAAGCCGAAUCACGGCCUCACCCUCCACCCCCUCCUCCAGACGCCUACUACCCUUACGCCCCGCCAACGCAUACCCAUCCCUACGGCUACCCUCCUCCAGGGCACGCUAUGCCCCCUCCACCGCCGCCUUCGGCGUAUGAGCCGUAUAGGAGGCAGUCGAUGCAGAGCUCGGCGGGGUAUCAUCCGGGGCUGCCACAUCCCAGCCAGCACGGGUAUUCGGCGGGGUAUUAUGGUGAGAGCGCGGGAGGGAGAGGGAGGCCGGCGACGCACCCUGUGCCGGGCCCGGGGAGGCAUCAUCAAUCCAUGCCGCCUCAUCCUGGUUACAUGCAAGAUCCCCGAGACCCAAGAGACCCGAGGGAUCCAAGGUCGGCUUUACCUUCGCCCUCUUCGCAUGGGCAUACCUACCCCCCGCCUUCGGCGGCUGGCUAUUCGCCUUUCCCAGUGGCAGGAGAAUAUGAACGUUCUGGCGUUCCUUGGCCGCAGGGACCUGCUCCGGGGGAGAGGGAGAGAGAGAGGAGGGGUUUACCGAGGCCGGAAGAGCUUGGAUUGAGUAGGACGGGGUCGAGGGGACAUUCUUCACAUGCGCCAUCGGGGUCGAGACAUCAUCCUUACGCCCACCCUUCUUCCUCUCGACAGCCACUCUCACCCCGGUCACGCACCAGUCCAAGCCGCCCAAUACUCGUCACUAGCCCAGAGACGGGUUCCAUCCGGCCUCCUUCGGGUAGCAGGGAAAGUUCGUUGGGUUUGCCGCCUGUACCGACCAGUGCUGGAGGUGGGAGAGAGAGAUGGGGGUCGCCGAUGAUGCUUCCGCCGUUGACAAGGUCGCCGGGGAGUAUUGGAGGGAGUCUGAGCUUGGGAGCGGCGGGGGCGUUGGUCAGUGAGAGUAAUGAGCGGGGGUCGAUCUCGGGGCCGAGUGGGCAGGGGAAAGAGGGGGAGAGGCCGGGUAGCUCGGCGGGGAAGAAUAAGAUGGGGCUGGGAAAUUUGUUGGGUUGA